AUGAUAAUUUAUAUCAUUCUUUUCUGUGGUAUUUGUGUAUUAAAAGUACUAAGUUUAGACAUGGACGUUGUUGUGCUAAGGGCUGUGCGCGGUCGUGACGCUAGACUACCCUGUGGCCAAGGAAAAGUUUUUUUGGAUGGUCCUGACUCUUAUGUGCUUUGGCUGAAAAACGACAGAGAUUUCCUGUACAGAUUCCCCAAUGAAGACACAGAAAGAAGGUCAGUGAACCAAGACCGUAUAUUUGGCACAUCAUGUGAUUUGGCCUCGUGUCAUGACGAUACUUCUCUUCUUCUUAAACGUGUCUCUGAGCAAGAUGCAGGUAUUUACAGAUGUCGAGUGCAUUACCAAGCAUCUCCUUCUCUAGACUAUGUGAUCGACGUAAGAUUAGUCGAGUCACCGGGAAUGCCCAGAAUUUACAACGAGGCGGGUGAAAUAAUAGAGCAAGGACACGUAGGCCCACUAAGUAUUGGUUCCGAUCUGACGUUAAUCUGCGAGGUUGAUGAUGAACAACCAGACACCCUCGUUUACUGGAGGCGAAACGGUAUUGUUAUUGAGCGCGCACACACUGCACGACCGGGCGUGCUUCGAGCUGAAGUUCAUGUACACAACGCGACGCGUGGCGAACUUGAUGCACAUUACGAGUGCCUCGCGCAGAACGCGGAUGUCACUGACCCACUGAGUGCAAGUGUUGUCGUCAGAAUGUAUUUACCUCCAAUCAGCGUGGAAAUCCGGUUGAACCACAACUACGACUUCGAGGCUGGUCAGCCGCGAGUGGUUGAUUGCGUAGUGGUUGGCUGUGUUCCGCCACCAUCUGUGAUCUGGCACUUAGGCGAAAACCUGCUGAGACCAAGCGUACACAAAGAACUACAUGAUGGCAACUAUACAGUUUCGUCACUGACAUUGGCACCGUCCUUGAGGGACAAUAAACAUGACUUGGUGUGUCGCGCGCAUAACUCCCACUUGCCGAACGCUAUAUUUGAAGAUAAAGUCACUUUAAAUGUUGGGUACCGGCCUCUGUGCUUAACGUCACGUGAGGAAACGAUCGGUGCAAUGCAUCAAGAAGCGGAGACUGUAAUUUGCGUGGUCGAAGCGUCUCCAGAACCAUUGCAGUUCAGUUGGACUUUUGCAGAUUCAAGAACCUUAUACACCAGCGUCAAGAAAGUUCCUGGCCACCACCAUCGUUACUCCUCCACUUUGACAUGGUUACCUCGAGACGGGGAUUUUGGACUGUUACUGUGUAGAGCGACGAAUAGUUUUGGGGAGCAGAAGAAACCAUGCUCAUAUGCAAUAGCGGCAGGUGGACCACCACAUCCUCCAGACUGUGGAUUACUACGUUCAUACCCACAUACCGUACGAGUACAGUGUCAAAAAGGGUGGGAUGGAGGACGCUCUCAAGUAAUUCACUUAGAGCUCUUUAGUGGUGAUGGCACACUCUUGCACAAUGUGUCUAAUGCAGCCGGCCACUUUCAUUUGCCAGAUGUAGAGGAAGAUAGGAACUUGACGGCCAUUUUGUACGCCAGCAAUGUAAGAGGAAGGAGUGUAACAAAAACCAUGUAUCUACAGACAAUUACAGCUUUAAGUGCAUCCGCAAUAACAGAAAACACUGCGGGUGCAUCGUGGACGUGGUGGAUGGAAGCGACCGCUGCUCUAGUGACCGUCACCGUGGCAGUUGCUGCCACAGCAUUCUGUAUACGAGCCAUUAAAAUCAGACGCGAAAAUUUAGAUAACCCUGACUUAGUUCCUCGGUCUGAUGGUGCCUUCCAUCGGGAGCCAGAUUUCGUCCGCGAGGAGCGCCUGGUCGGCACCACCAACAUUACGGUUAAUCAAUUAGCAAGAUGUCAGAAUCAAUAUACACCAACUCCCGUCCCCUCUUGCCGGGUAUUAGUUGGGUGCGGUUCGCGUUCUCCACUUCAAGACACCUGUCCGGCUAGCCAGCACUCCUACUACGUCUAA